UAGCAACCGGCGCUCUGUGGCCUGCUCGCAGGUCGCAGUGGUCUGGGCGGGGCCCGCUGCCCACCAGACCCGGCGCAUCCUCCUCCACCACCCCCCGGCCCCUCUGGCCGUCCUGUUCCUGUUCCCCAUUUAUUCCCCUCCCAUUGCUGUCUCUCUCUUUCUGCCUGGCGCCUUUUCCCCUCGCAGAGGCAACAUGUCUGCCCCAGCCCUCCCCCAUGUCCCCCUGUCCACACAGCACAAGGACCCGAGGAGGGGGCGGGGACUCAGCUCACCAGCUCCCACCGUGGCUGGGGAGGAGGAGGCUCUGCCUGGGGGCUGUGAGCAGAUGUCCCUGGGGGUGACCCUCACUGACCGCCUCAUGGCUGCACGGAGCUUUCCUGGGCUGGGGGAGACCAUGAGACCAGAGAGCUGCUCCGAGGAGCUGCCAGCCCUCCAGACCAUCCGCUUGGACCGGGAGGAUAUCUGCACCAUUGGGAGGCUUGGGAGCCUGCCGGGGAUUCAUAGCCUCUACCUGCAGCGGAACCAAAUUGAGAAGAUCGAAAACCUGGACUGCUUUCCCAACCUGCAGUUCCUCUCGCUGGCUGGAAACUGCAUCCGCAAGGUGGAGAACCUGCGGCCCCUGCAACACCUGCGCUUCCUGGACCUGUCCCAGAACCAGAUCCAGACUCUGGAUGCAGAUGAGCUGCCCCGCAGCCUCCGCCUCCUGGACUUGACAGGAAAUGAAUGCACCCACCAACCCGGCUACAGGGAGCUGGUGGUGGGAGCCCUGCCCCAUCUUCUGCAGCAAAGGUGCCCAGACUGA